AUGGAGGAGGCAGGUGGGCCCUCGGCCCCGGCCGAGGCCCGAGUGGUGAGUGCCACGCUGAUGUGGCGGCAACGGCCUCCUGCCCAGGAAGAGAUCAGGCACCGUUUUCACAAGAUGUCUCUGGUGUCAGGGACCCAGAUGGAAAGCCGCUUCGAGGAGAUAUUUGAGUUCAGCCAUCAUCAAGAGGAAGUCAACGGCUUUGCUCUGCGGGAAGGAGAGAGUGUGAAUUACCAGGGUCCCCGUGAUGGAGCUGGCUUGAAAAGCUUUCAGAGCCAUGGGCCCAUCUUUUCCAAGAAGUAUAUACCACCCCCCAAGGAGAAGAGACCUGUAGGGAGAACGAAGGAGGCUAUGGACCAGAGUGACAGCAGCUCCCAGGCCCCUAGAACUGAGCCCCCAGGCCCAGGAGCCCUAGCCAGAACUGAGUUCUUGGUACCUCUGCCUGGGCCCCGUGAGCCGAGCCCUCACCCAGGUAUGGGUCUUGCCAGCCAGGGUCCCCGAAUCCACGAGGAACAGCGGGUGACACGCACUGUGCGGACUACCACAGUGAUGGCAGGGAAGAUGGACCGUAGGGUGAGCAGCUCUGUGUCUGUGAAGCCGGUGCAGUCGGGUGCGACCCUGCCCAGAGGCCGCAAUGCUGUCCGCACAAUCCGGGCAGUGGCGGUGAGCCCCCAGGCAGAGGGCUCACCCAGCCGCAGCCAGGCCCUGGAGCUGCUGACCAGCCUUGUGCCUCCUGAGCGCAGCCUACCUGCCAGUCGGCUUCCCAGGCCCACAGUCAUUGUGCCAAAGAGCUCAGGUCUGGGUGGUACGGGAGGGACAGUCCUGGGGCAGCUGCCUGAGGCUGGGGCAGCAGAGACAAAGGACAGAUGUGCUGUAGACCCUGGAGCCAUCCCUGUGAGUGUUUGCCAACCUCAACACCAGCAUGUCCCUACAGCCCACCCAGACCAAGAGCAGGGCAAAGCCCUGGAGGCCAGGACCCACCAGGCCUCUAGAGUUCAGGGAGCCUCCACUCCCACUCACCUUUCUCUCCAGACUUCUCAGGACCAAGCACCAGGACGCUCGUCCCCUAAACUUCACACCCAGACCGUCUCCCCACCAGAGCAGCUAGUGGUACCCACUCACCCCAGGACCCAGCCCACUCUUGAACCCAGGGUGCCCCAUGACCAGCCCUCUAUCCAAAAGGACCAGCCCCCAGCUGCUACCACCCUGCUGCCUGUGGUGAGGAAUGAAGUCGCCAUGGCCUCUGGGCAACUUUCUCCACUUUCUACAAAAAGGAAGGCUGCCCCCAGCCCAGAAGGGUUUUUUGCUCCACCCUCCUCAAGUGCUAAGGUUGUUCAGGACUCUGAAGACAUUCCUGCCUUCUCUCUUACCCAGAAAGAUGCCGUGCAGGGCCCUGGGGCUCCUGCUGCCGCAGCCCCCAAACCAACAAAGGUUGUUCAGGGUCCAGAAGGUAGCCCUAGUUCAUCCUCCACCCCAACAGAAAGCAGCUUGACCCCACCCCUCACCCAGAAAAAGACUGUCCAAGGCCCUGUUGCUCCCGCUCCUGCUCCAUCCCCCAUACAGGAAAAGGCUAUCCAGGACUCUGAAGGUGACCCCAGCUCAUUGCCCACCCAAAAAGAGGUUGUCCGGGACUCUGGUGCUUCGCCUGUCCCAUUUGCUACCCAGAAAGUGGUUGUACAGGACCCUGCUGUCCUCCCUACCCCAUUCUCAGUAGACGAGGUGUCCCCUAACCUAGGAGGUCCCCUUUUACCUGUGUCAUUGGGAGCAGAAGCCAGCUUGAAGACCCAGGUUGUCCCUGACUCCACUGAAGACAAGAUGCACCCAGAGCCAUCAAGGGAGGAGGAUGAAUUGGCCCUGACUGCAGACUUGGAGAUUUUCUUGGAUACCCUGAGAAGCAUGGAACCCCCUGAGAUCCUCCGCACUCACCGGCUACCCCGAGCGCCCCGCUCCUCCUAUUUGGCCAUGUAUGCCACGCUGCCUGCCAUCGAGGAGGAUCAGCCUGGGCCAUGGAUGCUGGGACCCAGCCCCCAGGAGGUGCCAGCACUGGAGGAGGAGGAGGAGGAGCCAGAGAACCCCUACCUGAGUGAUGAUGAGAAACUCCAGCACAGGAAGGAGAAAGCUGAGCCCAACCCCUCCUGGGACCCCUGCCCUGCCAAGCCUCCUCAGAACUUCCGCUCCCCUCUGGAGAUGCUGAAGCAGCAUGUAGCAGAUGCCAAGGGCUCCCACCCAGAGCUGGGACAGGCCGGCAGCCGGCCCACUUCCCGUCUUGGAGGAAGUGUUCUCUUUGGGGGUCUCAUGCCUGCUGCCAAGGAGACCCCCACCCUGGAGCCAUUGGGUACAAAACUAUCUGCUCUGACGCCCCACGGUGCACCAGGGCUCAAGAAGGGGCCAGGACAGUUGUCCCUGCUAUGCAGUGGAAGGUCGACAGUGGAGAAGCCCGCCAGAGCCCAACCCCCAGAAGGGUGGAGCCCAACACUGAAGACCCAGGGCAAGAUGAACACCAGGCCUGGAAAGCUGAUCCUCUUCUCGGAGCCCAGCUGUCAGGGCAGCAGCAUUGAGGUCUGGGAAGACAUUGCUGAUGCCUCUGGCUGGGCCCUCGUGGCCUCCGUAAGGGUGGUUCGAGGCUGCUGGGUGUUAUAUGAAAAGCCAGAGUUCCAGGGCCAGAAGCUGGUCCUGCCUGAAGGGGAUGUGGAACUCCGAGGCUCAGAGCUAGCAUGGAGUCCCAAAGUCAUCGGCUCCCUGAGGAGGGUUGUCCAGGACUACCGCAUCCCAGAGAUCAACCUGUUCUCUGAGGAGGACCUCAAGGGGGAGCAGGUGAAGCUAACCAAGGCCUUGGAAGACCUCCAGGGCUUAGGGAGGCCCCUGCAAGUGGCAUCUCUCACUGUCUCCACAGGACUGUGGCUGCUAUACCCCAAGCCCUCCUUUGAGGACACUCCCUGCAUCCUGGAGCCUGGAGAGUACCCCACCUUGGAAGCCUGUGGCACAUCCAAUCCCAUCGUGGGUUCCCUGAAGCCCAUGACAUUGGGCUGCCCCAGUGUGGAGCGACCAGGGGAGCCCAAGGCUGUGGUGUAUGAAGCCCCAGGUUUUCAGGGCCAGAGUUGGGAAGUGAGCAGAGACAUCUACAACCUGCGGCACCCGGAGGACAGCCAGAGCCCCCACCUGGCCUCUGUGGGGUCCCUGCGGGUCCUUGGGGGCUGCUGGGUGGGCUAUGAGAAGGAAGGCUUCCGGGGCCACCAGUACUUGCUUGAGGAGGGGGAAUACGCUGACUGGUCACACUGGGGAGGCUACGAUGAGGUGCUGGCCUCCCUGCGAGUCAUCCGUACGGACUUUGGAGACCCGGCCGUGGUGUUGUUUGAGGCCAUGGAUUUCGAGGGGCCCGGCGUGGAGGUGAGCGAGGCGUUACCGGACGUGGAGUUGGCGGGACACGGGCCGCAAACACAGGCCAUCCAUGUGCUAAGCGGCGUGUGGGUGGCCUAUCAGGAGGUGGGCUUCUCGGGAGAACAGUACGUGCUGGAGAAGGGCGUGUACCGCAACUGCGACGACUGGGGCGCGGGCAACAGCGCCCUCGCCUCGCUGCAGCCGGUCCUGCAGGUUGGGGAGCACAAUCUGCACUUUGUUUCAAAGAUUCAGCUUUUCUCCGGCCCCGACUUCCUGGGUGACCACAUCUCCUUCGAGAAUGAUCAGGCCUCUUUGCCCCCCUCUUUCCAGCCCCAGUCCUGCCGGGUCCACGGUGGCAGCUGGAUCCUGUUUGAUGAGGAGAACUUUGAGGGUGACCAGCAUAUUCUCUCUGAGGGCGAGUUCCCCACUCUCACAGCCAUGGGCUGCCUAGCCUCCACGGUUCUGGGCUCUCUCCAGAAGGUACCCCUGCACUUUUCAGAGCCCUCCAUUUUCCUGUAUGGGCUGGAAUGCUUCGAGGGGAAGGAGAUUGAACUAAAUGGUGAGGUGCGGAGCCUGCAAGCCGAGGGCUUCAACAACCACGUGCUGUCCGUGCGGAUCAAGGGGGGCAUCUGGGUGCUGUGUGAGCACAGUGACUUUCGGGGCCGCCAGUGGUUGGUAGGCAGCUGUGAGAUCACCAACUGGCUAACAUACAGUGGAACCCAGAGGGUGGGCUCCCUCUACCCCAUCAAGCAACGCCGAGCUUACUUCCGCCUCUGGAAUGCUGCCCUUGGGGGAUUCCUGGCGGUGCCAGAACAUGUGGAGGACAUGAAAGCAGGCCGGGUGGUGGUCUCCGAAGCCCGAGCUGGAGGCAGCUGCAUCUGGUACUACGAGGACGGGUUACUGAAGAACCAGGUGGCCCCCACCAUGAGUCUGCAGGUGAUUGGGCCCCCCAGCACGGGCUCCAAAGUGGUGCUGUGGGCUGAGAGCCGCCUGCCCCGCCAGACAUGGAGCAUCAAGGAAUCGGGCCACAUCUGCAGUCAGAUGUUUGAAGACCGGAUCCUGGAUGUUAAGGGAGGCCGAGGCUAUGACCGGGACCACACGGUGCUGUGGGAGCUAGCCAAGGACAGAGCCUCCCAGAUCUGGACCAUUCAAGUGCUUUGA